GCGCCGCCCCGGAAGUAGAGCGCGGCGGGCGGAGGGCCGGUCCGCGCUGGGUAAGCGGGCCGUGUCCUCCAGCGAUCGCCGAGUGGGGCUGGAGGCGGGGCCGGGCCGCGGCGCGGGGCCGCCGUGCUCCGCGCUCCCGAGCGCUUCUUAGCGCUCUGCGCCCACAGGCAAGAACCCGAGGCAAGAGUCAGGGAAACUGAAGAGAAAUUGGAUGUUCCUGUUGGCUCCAUAAAUACCUAUGGAUUAUGGCAGGAAAAGUGAAGUGGGUCACUGACAUCGAGAAGUCGGUGCUGAUAAAUAACUUUGAGAAGAGAGGAUGGGUCCAAGUGACAGAAAACGAGGACUGGAAUUUCUACUGGAUGAGCGUGCAGACCAUCCGCAAUGUCUUUAGUGUCGAAACUGGCUACCGGCUCUCGGAUGAUCAAAUAGUCAACCAUUUCCCGAACCACUAUGAGCUGACGCGGAAGGACCUGAUGGUGAAAAACAUCAAGAGAUACAGGAAGGAGCUGGAGAAGGAAGGGAGCCCGCUGGCAGAGAAGGACGAAAGCGGAAAGUACCUCUACCUGGACUUUGUUCCCGUCACCUACAUGCUGCCCGCCGACUACAACCUGUUUGUGGAGGAGUUCCGGAAAAGCCCCUCGAGUACCUGGAUUAUGAAACCCUGUGGCAAAGCCCAGGGAAAGGGCAUCUUCCUGAUCAACAAGCUCUCGCAGAUCAAAAAGUGGUCCCGGGACAGCAAAACAUCUUCGUUCGUGACUCAGUCCACCAAGGAAGCCUACGUGAUCUCUCUGUACAUUAACAACCCCCUACUAAUCGGCGGCAGGAAGUUCGACCUGCGCCUGUACGUUCUGGUGUCUACGUACCGCCCGCUGCGCUGCUACAUGUAUAAACUUGGAUUUUGCCGCUUCUGUACUGUGAAGUACACCCCGAGCACCAGUGAGCUGGACAACAUGUUUGUCCAUCUCACCAAUGUCGCCAUCCAGAAACACGGGGAGGACUACAACCACAUCCACGGGGGCAAGUGGACUGUGAACAACCUGCGGCUCUACCUGGAGAGCACCCGAGGCAAGGAGGUGACCAGCAAGCUGUUCGACGAGAUCCACUGGAUCAUCGUGCAGUCCCUGAAGGCCGUGGCGCCCGUGAUGAACAACGACAAGCACUGCUUUGAGUGCUACGGCUACGACAUCAUCAUCGAUGACAAGCUGAAGCCCUGGCUGAUCGAGGUACCUGUGUCCCACGACCUUGUGCCUGGUCACCUCACGGCCUCCCUGCGCUCCUGCCUGGCCCCAAAUCUGAGGCUCCAGGCCAGAGUGGGUGGAGAGGAGGGCAGAAGGACGAGGACAGAUGCUCAGGUAAACGCGUCCCCGUCCCUCACCUCCAGCACUGCCAACGACCGAAUCCUUAAGUACAAUCUGAUCAAUGACACCCUCAACAUCGCGGUCCCUAACGGUGAAAUUCCAGACUGUAAAUGGAACAAGUCACCCCCAAAGGAAGUCCUCGGCAAUUAUGAAAUCCUGUAUGACGAGGAGCUGGCGCAGGGUGACGGGGCUGAACGAGAGCUGAGAAGUCGGCCGGGCCAGUCGCUGGGGCCCAAAGGGAGCCGAUUGAGAGAUGCCGGGAGGACCGUCCUCACCACCUGGAAGUGACCACCGGCAAGAGUGAGACUUACAGCCCGGACCCGGUCAAAACCUAUCACUGCGCCCAACCCUUGCCGAAGACACCUAUUUUGGAAUUUCCUUUUUCUAGACCUUUUUUUUUUCCCUUUCCUAAACCCUGUAAAUAAAUAAAGGCACUUCUUUGAAAGGUUAA